UUGGAAAAUAAGAAAGCCUUUAUUUUUGUAAAAUGAACUUAAGUUGAAUUAUUAUUUAAAACAAUAUAUAUAAUACAUGUAAUUCAAGCUAAAAUACGUAGGGUAUAAAGGGGGAAUACAAACCCAAAGGCCCGAAUUCACAAGGACCAAGGUCUAAGACCCAAGUCUAAGUUUUUUUGUUUGCUGCCAUCUACGUUUUCUUAGAGCACAAUCUUGUCAAAAUGUCGUCCAACAAGACUCAGCCUCGAGAUGCCGAGAUUAUGACAGCUAUUUUGAAGGAUAUGGGAGUUACAGAUUACGAACCCAGAGUGAUUAAUCAAAUGCUCGAAUUUGCAUAUAGGUAUGUGACACAUGUUCUAGACGAUGCUCAGGUGUACGGUGGGCAUGCAGGAAGGAGGGAUGUAGAUGUAGAGGAUAUCAAAUUGGCCAUUCAAACCAGAUUAGAUCAUUCCUUCACAACACCACCCCCAAGAGAGUUUUUGAUGGAGAUAGCUAAGCAGAAGAACAGCAGUCCUCUCCCAGCCAUUAAACCUCACAAUGGACCAAGACUACCCCCAGAUAGAUACUGUCUCUCUGCUUGUAACUACAGGCUCAAACCACCUCAUAAGAGGCCCACUCUGACGAUAAACCCAAGAUUAUCUCUAAGUUCAGGUAUAGGCUCCAAGCCCAGUCCUACCUUCUCUCUUGUCUCUAAGAGUGGUGGUUCAUCAUUCAGUUUGAAGAGCAAUACUUCAUCUUACACCAUGGUUACUCAGUCACCAACCAUCAGUAAACCAGCUAUCAAUAUCAUCUCUGGAUUAGGCAGCAGUUUGAAAGGUACCUCACUUAAUCAGAGUGAUGUGAAGCCCGACAUCAAACCACCAAUCAGCAUCAUCACCGACUCAAAGGCUAGUGCUAAAAGAAAGCGUGAAGAUAAUGACUGACUUGGACAUGUCACUUUCAUUCAUACAAAGAACUGAAACUGCGCCGGAACAUCUGGUUGAGGACAUUCUGCUCAAUUGAUUUUGAGAAACAGCUUUGGAAGAAGUUAUUGAGCAAUGGAUUGUAUCAUGUGAGUGUAUUGAUGCACACAAGGACAAGGGCCAACUAUUGGAAAGAACCUGUGGAGCAAUCAAUGGAUUAUAUGAUGACAGACCUGAUAUGCAACAGGUCUUGCUUCCUGGCCUUCCCCACUCCUAAGGCUACCUGACCUUCUGCUAUCUAUUCUGGAGAGACUCAGACGAUGGACCACAUCUUGCAGUGCGGCAGAACGGGUUGCACAGAUGAAGACCUGGCCCUUGUAAAUGAGACGGCUAUCGCAGCCAUGGGGCGAUGGAAGAGCUUAAUUUAAUUUAAUCUAAUUUAGGAACUGUACACUAAUCUUGAUCUGAGGAGACACGAACGAACGAAUCCACAGUUAGAUGUGGCAUGUCUUCUCUUAUCAAUAGCGUGCUUUCAGUUCGCAACGGAAGCCAAAGACGACAGGAGAAUUCACUCAACCAAGAUCGUCCUGUACCAUGCUCCUGUCUUCAUUGCAACCUGUUUCGGUACUGGGGACGGGGACGUUGAUGGCUACUUACCAAACAGACAUUAGAAUAAGCAGAUUCCAUGCUGUGUGGUUGUGUACUAUCAGAAAUAGUGUAGAUAAUUUGUCCACAAUUGGAUAUUCAAGCUCAAAGUACAGUUGAUAUACAAUCAUACGACAUCUACAUCGUAAUUGUAAUGUUUAGGCAAUGAACUAUUUUGGCCGAGAAUGAUCGUGAAAAUCAACGAGACGGAGAAUAUUCAGAUUCGCGCAUGCGCAGAUUGAUUUUUUUCUCACCCGUGUUAACGUCAUCUUGGCUUCCAUUACAAACCAAAAGUAUACUAAUCGCGUUAUGUAGACAGACAUCGGCACGGGCGUCAGCCCGAACGCCUAUCAUCACUGGUGAACUCAUCAUUAUUCAUAUCAUAUGUGUGACACGCGUAUUUCAUGCAUGAUUCAUAACACUAGCCUUAUUUGGUGAUUGAUCCCUUAUAUUCAACCAAUCAAAUAUCAUCUCCAAGUUCCUCAUCGUUCAUUGGCCUAUUUUGGUCCAUGUUACAUAAAUAUUCACGACAGAGCUUUACAGGGGGUUCUUACAUUUUCUACAAACGAAAUAAUGUAAAUAAAAGAAAAUCAAACUUUUCAUGUCCACCAGUGAUGAUGGGCGCUCAGGUUGAUGCCCGCGCCGAUGUCUGUCUCCAUAACGCGAUUAUUACACUUGCCUUAAAGCCCGACGCAUAUCAGAUACAUGUAGGCUAGGGUUAGUGCAGCUUUCUGUACUAUAGCAGUACAUCAAAUUAACUUAUAUUUUAUUUGCAUUAAUAACCCCUUCCUCUAUUUUGUUUUCAUUUCUUUUUUUAUAAAGAAGACAAUUCAAGUGGGAAUUUGUUCAAAGUUUGUGGAAGCACCAUGAAACCAUGACUGCUGAAUAUUAUUUAAUUCCUAUAAGCUUCCUGAAUUUUGUUAAAUAGUUAAAUGUUAAAGAAACUAUGGAAUGGGGUCGUUGAAUGCACAUUGCAGUGCACAUUGUAGUAGAUGUGUAAACGUGAUUGUGUUUUGAAAAUAAACAAUAUACAUGUAUCAGA